AUGGCUUCACCAGAGUAUCCCAAAACAGCAACGAACAAGCUUGGUCGGCUGGCGAACAGAGGCACAUACGACUUCGCGACAAUCCACACCCUUAUCAACACCUGCCCCGUCUUGCAUGUCUCCUUCAACGACCCCGAACACCCCUUCCCCGUCGUCCUACCCAUGCUCGGCUGCACCGGCGCCUUUGCCUCCCAAUCCGCAGACCCAAACACCACAGCACAGGAUCUCUACAUCCACGGCUACGUCUCCGGGCGCCUCUUCAAGCAGAGCAAGAACGCAGACGCAGGUCUGCCCGUCACAGUCGCAGCCACGUUUCUCGACGGCCUGGUCCUCGCCCUCGCCCCCUUCCACAACUCCUGCAACUACCGCUCCGCCGUCGCCUACGGGUAUGCCGAGCUCGUGACCGACGAGGCCGAGGCGCUGUACGCGAUGCAGCGCAUCACCGAUAACAUCAUCCCCGACCGCUGGGCCAAGAGCAGGGGUCCGCCGACCAAGGCUGAGCUGACCUCGACGUCGAUCCUGAGGGUUAGGAUUGAGUCGGCGAGCGCGAAGGUGAGGGUGGGCGGGCCGUCGGAGGAUCGCGCGGAUUUGAAGGAUGCCGGGUUGGUGAAGAAGACGUGGACGGGGGUUGUGCCGUAUUGGGGGACGUGGGGGGAGCCGGUGGAGGGCAAGGAGAAUGGGUGUGCGGAGGUGGAGGGGUAUAUUGAGGAGUGGCGGAUGAAGGAGACGUCGAAAGCGAGGAAUUAUGCCUUUGAGGCGAUUGAGAAGUAG